GGCAUAAUCACCGCCUCUAGAGCUACAUAUUGCCGUGAGCCUUCAUUGCACCAAAGGAGUAUGCAAUAUGGGCAAAAAACCUGUGACUAAUAAGCGCAACAUUAUGCGACUUGCAUCCGCAGCUGAGGAAGCUCCUGCUGAAGCUGAUAAUAUAAGCCCAGUUCUAGAUCGCUCCGAGACGACAUUGUUCGAUGAAUUAUGUAAUGCAACACGAGAAGGCGACUUGGAGCGAGUUGCAUACAUAAUCUCCGUGGGAGGACCCGUCAAUGCUGUCGACAAGUGGCAAUGCUCACCAUUGUACUGGGCAUGUCUUUGCGGUCACUACGAUGUCACUAGAUAUCUACUAGAAAAUGGCGCAAAGUGUGAUCGAAAUACUUUCCAAGGUGAACGAUGCAUUUACGGAGCGCUGACAAGCCAAAUUAGAAAUCUACUACUUUCUUAUAAAAUCACAAAGGCUACAGACGAAACACAGCCUUUCCAGAAAUUCUUGACUGAAUUGUACGAGGAUCCGCAAGAAAGCGAUAUAAAGUUCAAGAUUCGUAUCGUAACAACUGACGAUGUGCACCCCGUCUACCGAGAAUAUCCAGUUCAUCGCUUUGUCAUCGCUGCACGUUCUACAUACUUUCAACGAAAUUUGAUGCAGCGUUGGUUGAAUGAAAAAGAGGUCAAGCUACAGAGUCAAUUGGUGGAUCCAGAAAGCUUUGAUGCCGUGCUUCAUUAUCUGUACACUGGUCAGCUGGCAGAUUUGAACCGUGAGUCUAUCACCAAUCUGAUGUUUGUCUGUCAGCAUUUGGAGCUAUCCGACCUGAAGAAAAAGUGCGAAAACGAGAUUUCUGACACCAAGAAAAAUGCUCAUGGUGACACAAUGGACAUCGUACAAAUACGAUCUGAUUUCGAAAAGUUCGUCAAGACCAACAUAUUUGGAGCCACGGGUCGAAUCAUUGAUCAAGAUGGUGAUGGCACAGACAUUCGCUCCGUGACUGUUAUUUUGGAAGGAAGCGUCUCGGAUAUUGAGCCGAUUGACCCACGAGCAGUUCAUGCUGAUAUCUGUAUAUUGGUCGAAGAUCUCGCUUUUCCCUGCCACAAAGCUCUUUUGAAGCUGAGAAGCGAAUAUUUUGACAUUAUGUUCUCUGGCCGCUUCUCUGAAUCGUACAUUGAAGGAUCGCAAGUCAAUUAUCCUUCAGUCACAUUGGAAAUGCCGAUCAUCCGCAUAUCCGACAUUUCAGCAGAAGCUUUUACCAUAAUACUGGAGUUUAUAUACACUGAUGCUGCUGCUAUUCCAAUUGAUAUGGCAUUCGAAGUUUUGAUGGCUGCUGACCGGUUCUUGUUUCAUCGACUCAAGUCUAUAGCAGCUAUUAUCAUUACAAGCGAGCGGUCUCCCAUAAUGGAUGUAUACGAACUCAUGCGAACUGCCAUUGACCUAGGAGUUGAUCGAAUUGAGCAGUACUGUACAAAGUAUCUUGCUGAAAAUUUGGACGACUACAUUGAAGAUACAGAGUUUAAGAAUCUGAUCAAGGAAAGUGCUGAGAGCAUCGCAGACAGAGAAGAAACAGAUACUAUACCAUUUAUCGAUGAGCUAAGAUACUUCCUUGGAAAGAAGUACAGUGUCCCAACAGCUGAUUUGGAUGCUUCUGGAAGAGUGCAUGUGUAUGUGAAGGAGACCUUGACGGCCAUGGAGGCCGAGUACAAUGAUAAAUUAGAUAUGCUUGACGGGAUUUUAGACAGUCUUGGCUUAGAAGCUUAAGGACUUUUUUGAUGUACAAUAUUAACAUAAAGGUCUUGGAUGCAUUACUUGUCGAGACCACGGUUCUUUGAUCCGACCUUUCGAAUACAAGGCUCUGCCUUACCUAAGGCACCUGACUUUGGUUCUCCGUUGCCCAACAAAACAAUAACAAUAAAAGUUUGGAUAAGAAGAUUAACUUCUAUGAAUGAUAAGCAAUA